UACUCUGCACUGAGCAGCAGCACGAAAACAUCAUGACCUCCACCUUCAUCUCGCGCUCCUCUGCCAGGUCCGUCAGAACCGGCUCUGCCAUGGGUGGAGGCCGCGUGAUGGCCAUGAGAGCUGGUAGCGUUUACGGUGGCGCAGGAGGUUCCGAUGUCCGCAUCUCAUCUGCGAGCAUGGGCGGUGGCUUCUCCUCAUUCAGCAUGGGCGGUAGCGACGCCGUCUUAAUCGGCAACGAGAAGUUCACCAUGCAGAACCUCAACGACCGACUAGCGUCUUACCUGGACAAGGUCCGCUCCCUGGAGAAGGCCAACGCCGAAUUGGAGCUGAAGAUCCGCCAGUUCCUGGAGAGCCGGGUUGGUCCUGCCACCAGAGACUACGCCGCAUACUUUGCCACCAUCAGCGAUAUCAACGCCAAGAUCCAGGACGCCACCAGGCUCAACGGCGCCGUCCACCUGAGCAUCGACAACGCCAGGUUGGCAGCUGAAGACUUCAAAACCAAAUUUGACAACGAGCUCGCCAUGCGCCUAUCGGUGGAGGCCGACAUCGGUGGACUGCGUCGGGUUCUGGACGAGCUGACGCUGACCAGAACUGACUUGGAGAUGCAGAUUGAAGGCCUGAAGGAGGAGCUGAUCUUCCUGAAGAAGAACCACCAAGAGGAGCUGCUAGCCUUGCGUGCACAGAUGAGUGGGCAGGUGCACGUGGAGGUGGAUGCCGCCCCAGCUCCGGACCUGUCUGCAGUCAUGGCUGAAAUCAGAGAACACUACGAGGCCAUCACAGCCAAAAACCACAGAGACCUGGAGAGCUGGUUCCAGGCCAAGACGGAGGCGCUGAACAAGGAGGUGAUGUCACAGACAGUCAGCUUGCAGACAUCCAGGUCAGAGGUGACAGAGGUCAAACGUACGCUGCAGUCCUUGGAGAUCGAACUGCAGUCCAUGUUGGGCAUGAAAGCAUCUCUGGAGGGAACGUUGGCAGAGACGCAGAGCCGCUACGCCAUGAUGCUGUCAGGUUUCCAGAUGCAGGUGUCCUCGCUGGAGGAGCAGAUCAUGCAACUGAGGGCCGACUUGGAGCGCCAGCGUCAGGAGUAUCAGAUGCUGCUGGACAUCAAGACCCGGCUGGAAAUGGAGAUCGCAGAAUACCGCCGGCUGCUGGAGGGCGAGACCAUCAGCAGCGCUUCCUCAUCAUCCACCAGCAGCAAGCGUGUGGUGACGGUGGUCGAACAGGUGGUCGACGGGAGGGUGGUGACCUCGUCCUCCUCAUCCUCAUCCUCCUUCCUGUCUCGCUGACAUCAUGAUCAAAGUCUCCAACAAUAAAGACCUCAGCUGAUGA